AUGACUUUCACUCCAUCGGUCACACCAAUAACUACAGGGAGGCCGACUGAAACAUCAACAAGUGUACCGACUACAGUCACUACUGCCGGCGGCACAACAAGUGUGGAGGAAACUUCGAGUGCAAGUACGGAGAUCCCGACAACGCCACCACCCACUUCAGCAGCCGCGAGCGCAGCAAGUUCAGUUGCUUCAACGUCAACACUGUCCUCUUCUGAAGUUUCAACAACUACAUCAGUCUCAUCAACAACUGCAACAGAAACAUCGAAUCUAAGUUCACAGACAUCCACAGAAGCACUGACCUCUACAACAGCGCGUGCCUCAUCCAGUCCUGCAGCGGAAACAUCUACGGCAAGUUUGACACAGACGUCAACAUCUGAAGCAACAACAGUGUCGUCGCUCGCCACGACAACUGGAACAGAAUCUUCCACUGCAAGUGCACACAUUCCAUCAACGUCACCAAGCUCGACAUCAACUCCAAUUGGCACAAGCACAACAACAUCGUCAGCAACACUGUCCACAAGUGAAGUUUCAGCAAGUGGAUCAACGACUUUCACUCCAUCGGUCACACCAAUAACUACAGGGAGGCCGACUGAAACAUCAACAAGUGUACCGACUACAGUCACUACUGCCGGCGGCACAACAAGUGUGGAGGAAACUUCGAUUGCAAGUACGGAGAUCCCGACAACGCCACCACCCACUUCAGCAGCCGCGAGCGCAGCAAGUUCAGUUGCUUCAACGUCAACACUGUCCUCUUCUGAAGUUUCAACAACUACAUCAGUCUCAUCAACAACUGCACCAGAAACAUCGAAUCUAAGUUCACAGACAUCCACAGAAGCACUGACCUCUACAACAGCGCGUGCCUCAUCCAGUCCUGCAGUGGAAACAUCUACGGCAAGUUUGACUCAGACAUCAACAUCUGAAGCAACAACAGUGUCGUCGCUCGCAACGACAACUGGAACAGAAUCUUCCACUGCAAGUGCACACAUUCCAUCAACGUCACCAAGCUCGACAUCAACUCCAAUUGGCACAAGCACAACAACAUCGUCAGCAACACUGUCCACAAGUGAAGUUUCAGCAAGUGGAUCAACGACUUUCACUCCAUCGGUUACACCAAUAACUACAGGGAGGCCGACUGAAACAUCAACAAGUGUCCCGACUACAGUCACUACUGCCGGCGGCACAACAAGUGUGGAGGAAACUUCGAUUGCAAGUCCGGAGAUCCCGACAACGCCACCACCCACUUCAGCAGCCGCGAGCGCAGCAAGUUCAGUUGCUUCAACGUCAACACUGUCCUCUUCUGAAGUUUCAACAACUACAUCAGUCUCAUCAACAACUGCACCAGAAACAUCGAAUCUAAGUUCACAGACAUCCACAGAAGCACUGACCUCUACAACAGCGCGUGCCUCAUCCAGUCCUGCAGCGGAAACAUCUACGGCAAGUUUGACACAGACGUCAACAUCUGAAGCAACAACAGUGUCGUCGCUCGCCACGACAACUGGAACAGAAUCUUCCACUGCAAGUGCACACAUUCCAUCAACGUCACCAAGCUCGACAUCAACUCCAAUUGGCACAAGCACAACAACAUCGUCAGCAACACUGUCCACAAGUGAAGUUUCAGCAAGUGGAUCAACGACUUUCACUCCAUCGGUCACACCAAUAACUACAGGGAGGCCGACUGAAACAUCAACAAGUGUACCGACUACAGUCACUACUGCCGGCGGCACAACAAGUGUGGAGGAAACUUCGAGUGCAAGUACGGAGAUCCCGACAACGCCACCACCCACUUCAGCAGCCGCGAGCGCAGCAAGUUCAGUUGCAUCAACGUCAACACUGUCCUCUUCUGAAGUUUCAACAACUACAUCAGUCUCAUCAACAACUGCACCAGAAACAUCGAAUCUAAGUUCACAGACAUCCACAGAAGCACUGACCUCUACAACAGCGCGUGCCUCAUCCAGUCCUGCAGUGGAACCAUCUACGGCAAGUUUGACUCAGACAUCAACAUCUGAAGCAACAACAGUGUUGUCGCUCGCAACGACAACUGGAACAGAAUCUUCCACUGCAAGUGCACACAUUCCAUCAACGUCACCAAGCUCGACAUCAACUCCAAUUGGCACAAGCACCACAGCAUCGUCAGCAACACUGUCCACAAGUGAAGUUUCAGCAAGUGGAUCAACGACUUUCACUCCAUCGGUCACACCAAUAACUACAGGGAGGCCGACUGAAACAUCAACAAGUGUACCGACUACAGUCACUACUGCCGGCGGCACAACAAGUGUGGAGGAAACUUCGAGUGCAAGUCCGGAGAUCCCGACAACGCCACCACCCACUUCAUCAGCCGAGCGCUCAACAAGUUUAGUUACAUCACCGUCAACACUGUCGUCUGCUGAAGUUUCAACAACUACAUCAGUCUCAUCAACAACUGCACCAGAAACAUCGAAUCUAAGUUCACAGACAUCCACAGAAGCACUGACCUCUACAACAGCUCGUGCCUCACCCAGUCCAGCAGCGGAAACAUCGAUGCCAAGUUCGACACAGACAUCAACAUCUGAAGCAACAACAGUGUCGUCGCUCGCCACGACAACUGGAACAGAAUCUUCCACAGCAAGUACACACAUUCCAUCAACGUCACCAAGCUCGACAUCAGCUCGAAUCGCCACAAGCACAACAGCAUCGUCAGCAACACUGUCCACAAGUGAAGUUUCAACAACUGGAUCAACGACAUUCACUCCAUCGGUCACACCAAUAACUACAGGGAGCCCGACUGAAACAUCAACAAGUGUACCGACUACAGUCACUACUGCCGGCGGCACAACAAGUGUGGAGGAAACUUCGAGUGCAAGUACGGAGAUGCCGACGACGCCACCACCCACUUCAGCAGCCGCGAGCUCAACAAGUUCAGUUGCAUCAACGUCAACACUGUCCUCUUCUGAAGUUUCAACAACUACGUCAGUCUCUUCAACAACUGCAACAGAAACAUCGAAUCUAAGUUCACAGACAUCCACAGAAGCACUGACCUCUACAACAGCUCGUGCCUCACACAGUCCAGCAGCGGAAACAUCCACGUCAAGUUCGACUCAGACAUCAACAUCUGAAGCAACAACAGUGUCGUCGCUCACCUCAACAACUGAAUCUCAGACUGGCAUCUCACAGACAUUCACUGCAGGUCACGACUGUACAUCAGUGACAGACUUCACAAGCACAUGUCGCCACACAGCCGCAGGGUGCUCUCGUAAUGAACCUAAAAGACAAAGAACAGAAUCUUCGACUGCAAGUACACACAUUCCAUCAAUGUCACCAAGCUCGACAUCAGCUCCAAUCGCCACAAGCACAACAGCAUCGUCAGCAACACUGUCCACAAGUGAAGUUUCAACAAGUGGAUCAACGACUUUCACUUCAUCGGUCACACCAAUAACUACAGGGAGGCCGACUGAAACAUCAACAAGUGUACCGACUACAGUCACUACUGCCGGCGGCACAACAAGUGUGGAGGAAACUUCGAGUGCAAGUCCAGAGAUCCCGACAACGCCACCACCCACUUCAGCAGCCACGAGCGCAGCAAGUUCAGUUGCAUCAACGUCAACACUGUCCUCUUCUGAAGUUUCAACAACUACAUCAGUCUCAUCAACAACUGCACCAGAAACAUCGAAUCUAAGUUCACAGACAUCCACAGAAGCACUGACCUCUACAACAGCGCGUGCCUCAUCCAGUCCUGCAGCGGAAACAUCUACGGCAAGUUCGACACAGACGUCAACAUCUGAAGCAACAACAGUGUCGUCGCUCGCCACGACAACUGGAACAGAAUCUUCCACUGCAAGUGCACACAUUCCAUCAACGUCACCAAGCUCGACAUCAACUCCAAUUGGCACAAGCACAACAACAUCGUCAGCAACACUGUCCACAAGUGAAGUUUCAGCAAGUGGAUCAACGACUUUCACUCCAUCGGUCACACCAAUAACUACAGGGAGGCCGACUGAAACAUCAACAAGUGUACCGACUUCAGUCACUACUGCAGGCGGCACAACAAGUGUGGAGGAAACUUUGAGUGCAAGUCCGGAGAUCCCGACAACGCCACCACCCACUUCAGCAGCCACGAGCGCAGCAAGUUCAGUUGCUUCAACGUCAACACUGUCCUCUUCUGAAGUUUCAACAACUACAUCAGUCUCAUCAACAACUGCACCAGAAACAUCGAAUCUAAGUUCACAGACAUCCACAGAAGCACUGACCUCUACAACAGCGCGUGCCUCAUCCAGUCCUGCAGUGGAAACAUCUACGGCAAGUUUGACUCAGACAUCAACAUCUGAAGCAACAACAGUGUCGUCGCUCGCAACGACAACUGGAACAGAAUCUUCCACUGCAAGUGCACACAUUCCAUCAACGUCACCAAGCUCGACAUCAACUCCAAUUGGCACAAGCACAACAUCGUCAGCAACACUGUCCACAAGUGAAGUUUCAGCAAGUGGAUCAACGACUUUCACUCCAUCGGUCACACCAAUAACUACAGGGAGGCCGACUGAAACAUCAACAAGUGUACCGACUACAGUCACUACUGCCGGCGGCACAACAAGUGUGGAGGAAACUUCGAGGGCAAGUACGGAGAUCCCGACAACGCCACCACACACUUCAGCAGCCGCGAGCGCAGCAAGUUCAGUUGCUUCAACAUCAAAACUGUCCUCUUCUGAAGUUUCAACAACUACAUCAGUCUCAUCAACAACUGCACCAGAAACAUCGAAUCUAAGUUCACAGACAUCCACAGAAGCACUGACCUCUACAACAGCGCGUGCCUCAUCCAGUCCUGCAGCGGAAACAUCUAUGGCAAGUUUGACACAGACGUCAACAUCUGAAGCAACAACAGUGUCGUCGCUCGCCACGACAACUGGAACAGAAUCUUCCACUGCAAGUGCACACAUUCCAUCAACGUCACCAAGCUCGACAUCAACUCCAAUUGGCACAAGCACAACAACAUCGUCAGCAACACUGUCCACAAGUGAAGUUUCAGCAAGUGGAUCAACGACUUUCACUCCAUCGGUCACACCAAUAACUACAGGGAGGCCGACUGAAACACCAACAAGUGUACCGACUACAGUCACUACUGCCGGCGGCACAACAAGUGUGGAGGAAACUUCGAUUGCAAGUACGGAGAUCCCGACAACGCCACCACCCACUUCAGCAGCCGCGAGCGCAGCAAGUUCAGUUGCUUCAACGUCAACACUGUCCUCUUCUGAAGUUUCAACAACUACAUCAGUCUCAUCAACAACUGCACCAGAAACAUCGAAUCUAAGUUCACAGACAUCCACAGAAGCACUGACCUCUACAACAGCGCGUGCCUCAUCCAGUCCUGCAGUGGAAACAUCUACGGCAAGUUUGACUCAGACAUCAACAUCUGAAGCAACAACAGUGUCGUCGCUCGCAACGACAACUGGAACAGAAUCUUCCACUGCAAGUGCACACAUUCCAUCAACGUCACCAAGCUCGACAUCAACUCCAAUUGGCACAAGCACAACAACAUCGUCAGCAACACUGUCCACAAGUGAAGUUUCAGCAAGUGGAUCAACGACUUUCACUCCAUCGGUCACACCAAUAACUACAGGGAGGCCGACUGAAACAUCAACAAGUGUACCGACUACAGUCACUACUGCCGGCGGCACAACAAGUGUGGAGGAAACUUCGAGUGCAAGUACGGAGAUCCCGACAACGCCACCACACACUUCAGCAGCCGCGAGCGCAGCAAGUUCAGUUGCUUCAACGUCAACACUGUCCUCUUCUGAAGUUUCAACAACUACAUCAGUCUCAUCAACAACUGCACCAGAAACAUCGAAUCUAAGUUCACAGACAUCCACAGAAGCACUGACCUCUACAACAGCGCGUGCCUCAUCCAGUCCUGCAGCGGAAACAUCUACGGCAAGUUUGACACAGACGUCAACAUCUGAAGCAACAACAGUGUCGUCGCUCGCCACGACAACUGGAACAGAAUCUUCCACUGCAAGUGCACACAUUCCAUCAACGUCACCAAGCUCGACAUCAACUCCAAUUGGCACAAGCACAACAACAUCGUCAGCAACACUGUCCACAAGUGAAGUUUCAGCAAGUGGAUCAACGACUUUCACUCCAUCGGUCACACCAAUAACUACAGGGAGGCCGACUGAAACAUCAACAAGUGUACCGACUACAGUCACUACUGCCGGCGGCACAACAAGUGUGGAGGAAACUUCGAUUGCAAGUACGGAGAUCCCGACAACGCCACCACCCACUUCAGCAGCCGCGAGCGCAGCAAGUUCAGUUGCAUCAACGUCAACACUGUCCUCUUCUGAAGUUUCAACAACUACAUCAGUCUCAUCAACAACUGCACCAGAAACAUCGAAUCUAAGUUCACAGACAUCCACAGAAGCACUGACCUCUACAACAGCGCGUGCCUCAUCCAGUCCUGCAGUGGAAACAUCUACGGCAAGUAUGACUCAGACAUCAACAUCUGAAGCAACAACAGUGUCGUCGCUCGCAACGACAACUGGAACAGAAUCUUCCACUGCAAGUGCACACAUUCCAUCAACGUCACCAAGCUCGACAUCAACUCCAAUUGGCACAAGCACAACAACAUCGUCAGCAACACUGUCCACAAGUGAAGUUUCAGCAAGUGGAUCAACAACUUUCACUACAUCGGUCACACCAAUAACUACAGGGAGGCCGACUGAAACAUCAACAAGUGUACCGACUACAGUCACUACUGCCGGCGGCACAACAAGUGUGGAGGAAACUUCGAUUGCAAGUACGGAGAUCCCGACAACGCCACCACCCACUUCAGCAGCCGCGAGCGCAGCAAGUUCAGUUGCUUCAACGUCAACACUGUCCUCUUCUGAAGUUUCAACAACUACAUCAGUCUCAUCAACAACUGCACCAGAAACAUCGAAUCUAAGUUCACAGACAUCCACAGAAGCACUGACCUCUACAACAGCGCGUGCCUCAUCCAGUCCUGCAGCGGAAACAUCUACGGCAAGUUUGACACAGAUGUCAACAUCUGAAUCAACAACAGUGUCGUCGCUCGCCACGACAACUGGAACAGAAUCUUCCACUGCAAGUACACACAUUCCAUCAACGUCACCAAGCUCGACAUCAACUCCAAUUGGCACAAGCACAACAACAUCGUCAGCAACACUGUCCACAAGUGAAGUUUCAGCAAGUGGAUCAACGACUUUCACUCCAUCGGUCACACCAAUAACUACAGGGAGGCCGACUGAAACAUCAACAAGUGUACCGACUACAGUCACUACUGCCGGCGGCACAACAAGUGUGGAGGAAACUUCGAGUGCAAGUCCGGAGAUCCCGACAACGCCACCACCCACUUCAUCAGCCGAGCGCUCAACAAGUUUAGUUACAUCACCGUCAACACUGUCGUCUGCUGAAGUUUCAACAACUACAUCAGUCUCAUCAACAACUGCACCAGAAACAUCGAAUCUAAGUUCACAGACAUCCACAGAAGCACUGACCUCUACAACAGCUCGUGCCUCACCCAGUCCAGCAGCGGAAACAUCGAUGCCAAGUUCGACACAGACAUCAACAUCUGAAGCAACAACAGUGUCGUCGCUCACCACGACAACUGGAACAGAAUCUUCGACUGCAAGUACACACAUUCCAUCAACGUCACCAAGCUCGACAUCAGCUCCAAUCGCCACAAGCACAACAGCAUCGUCAGCAACACUGUCCACAAGUGAAGUUUCAACAAGUGGAUCAACGACUUUCACUUCAUCGGUCACACCAAUAACUACAGGGAGGCCGACUGAAACAUCAACAAGUGUACCGACUACAGUCACUACUGCCGGCGGCACAACAAGUGUGGAGGAAACUUCGAGUGCAAGUCCGGAGAUCCCGACAACGCCACCACCCACUUCAGCAGCCACGAGCGCAGCAAGUUCAGUUGCAUCAACGUCAACACUGUCCUCUUCUGAAGUUUCAACAACUACAUCAGUCUCAUCAACAACUGCACCAGAAACAUCGAAUCUAAGUUCACAGACAUCCACAGAAGCACUGACCUCUACAACAGCGCGUGCCUCAUCCAGUCCUGCAGCGGAAACAUCUACGGCAAGUUUGACACAGACGUCAACAUCUGAAGCAACAACAGUGUCGUCGCUCGCCACGACAACUGGAACAGAAUCUUCCACUGCAAGUGCACACAUUCCAUCAACGUCACCAAGCUCGACAUCAACUCCAAUUGGCACAAGCACAACAACAUCGUCAGCAACACUGUCCACAAGUGAAGUUUCAGCAAGUGGAUCAACAACUUUCACUACAUCGGUCACACCAAUAACUACAGGGAGGCCGACUGAAACAUCAACAAGUGUACCGACUACAGUCACUACUGCCGGCGGCACAACAAGUGUGGAGGAAACUUCGAUUGCAAGUACGGAGAUCCCGACAACGCCACCACCCACUUCAGCAGCCGCGAGCGCAGCAAGUUCAGUUGCUUCAACGUCAACACUGUCCUCUUCUGAAGUUUCAACAACUACAUCAGUCUCAUCAACAACUGCACCAGAAACAUCGAAUCUAAGUUCACAGACAUCCACAGAAGCACUGACCUCUACAACAGCGCGUGCCUCAUCCAGUCCUGCAGCGGAAACAUCUACGGCAAGUUUGACACAGAUGUCAACAUCUGAAGCAACAACAGUGUCGUCGCUCGCCACGACAACUGGAACAGAAUCUUCCACUGCAAGUACACACAUUCCAUCAACGUCACCAAGCUCGACAUCAACUCCAAUUGGCACAAGCACAACAACAUCGUCAGCAACACUGUCCACAAGUGAAGUUUCAGCAAGUGGAUCAACGACUUUCACUCCAUCGGUCACACCAAUAACUACAGGGAGGCCGACUGAAACAUCAACAAGUGUACCGACUGCAGUCACUACUGCCGGCGGCACAACAAGUGUGGAGGAAACUUCGAGUGCAAGUCCGGAGAUCCCGACAACGCCACCACCCACUUCAUCAGCCGAGCGCUCAACAAGUUUAGUUACAUCACCGUCAACACUGUCGUCUGCUGAAGUUUCAACAACUACAUCAGUCUCAUCAACAACUGCACCAGAAACAUCGAAUCUAAGUUCACAGACAUCCACAGAAGCACUGACCUCUACAACAGCUCGUGCCUCACCCAGUCCAGCAGCGGAAACAUCGAUGCCAAGUUCGACACAGACAUCAACAUCUGAAGCAACAACAGUGUCGUCGCUCACCACGACAACUGGAACAGAAUCUUCGACUGCAAGUACACACAUUCCAUCAACGUCACCAAGCUCGACAUCAGCUCCAAUCGCCACAAGCACAACAGCAUCGUCAGCAACACUGUCCACAAGUGAAGUUUCAACAAGUGGAUCAACGACUUUCACUUCAUCGGUCACACCAAUAACUACAGGGAGGCCGACUGAAACAUCAACAAGUGUAGCGACUACAGUCACUACUGCCGGCGGCACAACAAGUGUGGAGGAAACUUCGAGUGCAAGUCCGGAGAUCCCGACAACGCCACCACCCACUUCAGCAGCCACGAGCGCAGCAAGUUCAGUUGCAUCAACGUCAACACUGUCCUCUUCUGAAGUUUCAACAACUACAUCAGUCUCAUCAACAACUGCACCAGAAACAUCGAAUCUAAGUUCACAGACAUCCACAGAAGCACUGACCUCUACAACAGCGCGUGCCUCAUCCAGUCCUGCAGCGGAAACAUCUACGGCAAGUUUGACACAGACGUCAACAUCUGAAGCAACAACAGUGUCGUCGCUCGCCACGACAACUGGAACAGAAUCUUCCACUGCAAGUGCACACAUUCCAUCAACGUCACCAAGCUCGACAUCAACUCCAAUUGGCACAAGCACAACAACAUCGUCAGCAACACUGUCCACAAGUGAAGUUUCAGCAAGUGGAUCAACGACUUUCACUCCAUCGGUCACACCAAUAACUACAGGGAGGCCGACUGAAACAUCAACAAGUGUACCGACUACAGUCACUACUGCCGGCGGCACAACAAGUGUGGAGGAAACUUCGAGUGCAAGUCCGGAGAUCCCGACAACGCCACCACCCACUUCAGCAGCCGCGAGCGCAGCAAGUUCAGUUGCAUCAACGUCAACACUGUCCUCUUCUGAAGUUUCAACAACUACAUCAGUCUCAUCAACAACUGCACCAGAAACAUCGAAUCUAAGUUCACAGACAUCCACAGAAGCACUGACCUCUACAACAGCGCGUGCCUCAUCCAGUCCUGCAGCGGAAACAUCUACGGCAAGUUUGACACAGACGUCAACAUAUGAAGAAACAACAGUGUCGUCGCUCGCAACGACAACUGGAACAGAAUCUUCCACUGCAAGUGCACACAUUCCAUCAACGUCACCAAGCUCGACAUCAACUCCAAUUGGCACAAGCACAACAACAUCGUCAGCAACACUGUCCACAAGUGAAGUUUCAGCAAGUGGAUCAACGACUUUCACUCCAUCGGUCACACCAAUAACUACAGGGAGGCCGACUGAAACAUCAACAAGUGUACCGACUACAGUCACUACUGCCGGCGGCACAACAAGUGUGGAGGAAACUUCGAGUGCAAGUCCGGAGAUCCCGACAACGCCACCACCCACUUCAGCAGCCGCGAACGCAGCAAGUUCAGUUGCUUCAACGUCAACACUGUCCUCUUCUGAAGUUUCAACAACUACAUCAGUCUCAUCAACAACUGCACCAGAAACAUCGAAUCUAAGUUCACAGACAUCCACAGAAGCACUGACCUCUACAACAGCGCGUGCCUCAUCCAGUCCUGCAGUGGAAACAUCUACGGCAAGUUUGACUCAGACAUCAACAUCUGAAGCAACAACAGUGUCGUCGCUCGCAACGACAACUGAAUCUCAGACUGGCAUCUCACAGACAUUCACUGCAGGUCACGACUGUACAUCAGUGACAGACUUCACAAGCACAAAUCGCCCCACUGCUGCAGGGAACAGAAUCUUCGACUGCAAGUACACACAUUCCAUCAACGUCACCAAGCUCGACAUCAACUCCAAUCACCACAAGCACAACAACAUCGUCAGCAACACUGUCCACAAUGGAGGAAACUUCGAGUGCAAGUCCGGAGAUCCCGACAACGCCACCACCCACUUCAGCAGCCACGAGCGCAGCAAGUUCAGUUGCAUCAACGUCAACACUGUCCUCUUCUGA